GAUAGCGGCAUCUGGCUUGGCCAGCUCCUUGGAGAGAGGCUGCAGCACGGGGAAGGGCGGCUGGGGCAGGGGAUGGCGUUUUGCACCGUGUCACCAGCCGCGGGCCGAUGGCUGAGCAGGAUGGAGGAGAGUCAGGGUGAAGACACAUCCAAGCCAGCCAAUGGCUCGUUGACCACCCAUGUGCUGAACACUGCCAUGGGGCUGCCAGCCACUGGCAUUGCCAUCCAAGUGGCCCAGCUACAGGAGCCUGGGACACAGUGGAUGGAGCUGGCACAAAGGUGGACAGAUGAGGAUGGGCGCUGUUCACCCCUCCUGGCACCAGAGCAGGUCAAGGCUGGCACCUACAAGCUGCACUUUGAGACUGCAGCAUACUGGCAAGGCCUGGGGCACACUAGCUUCUACCCUUUUGUGGAGGUCGUCUUCACCAUCACUGACCCAGCGCAGAAGUUCCACGUCCCGCUGCUGAUCAGCCCCUUCUCCUACACAACGUACCGGGGCAGUUAGGGAGAUGUCCCCCCACAAGGGACACAGCUCACCAAGGGAGGGACCCUCACCAUGACAACAUUAAAGGCUUC